CAAAAUCAAUAACAUAAAACACACACAUUCGACUUUAGACCUAAGACAUGCUACUACUAUAAUACAUGAUAAGCAUAUUUAAUUAUUAAUAUAUAUUUUUUCGAUCAAUUCGCGUAACAUUGAAUUAAUUGGGGGCUCAACCGAUCCUUUACAUGGAUAUAAGUACACAACAGGACAUCUGAAUCCUUCAAAAUGAAAUCCUUAGUACUCAAAUCGAGAUCAACGAAGACAAACUCAAAAAUCAGUUAACCGGUGAAACGUACAAUGCCAAACGAGGAUUCGACUUCUUCCGCAUCUACUCUCUACACAUCUAAAAACUACAUGAUUUCGUACGGAUGCUUCAAACAACAAAUCCUACUUGUUUAAUUAGAUGCCCAAUUUAGCAUUUCAAUUUUGUGAUAAAUCAAUUACACUCACCCUGAGUAUCAUAUUUGGCAUUACUUCCAAAACUGGCAAAGUAUAAACGAGCAAAAUAAUUCGGACAUUAUGCCUCUAAGCGAUAAAAGCUUCAUGCAAAAUUUCCGCCUCAAUAAGCACGCAUUUUUAUAUGUUUUGGACAACAUAAGACCCCAAUUAAAAGUCGCUCAAAGGACCACAUCAAUUCCAGAAAUUGUAAAACUGUCAACAACCUUGAGUUCUUCGCACUGGGCGGGUAUCAACACUCGGUCGGCUAAGAUGGGCAUUCGGGCUAGCCCAACAAUCGGUUUCCCAAUGCAUCUUGGAAGUGUGCGAUGCCAUUGAGAAAACUCUGUGCCCAAAGCAUACCAUGUUUCCCUUGACCAUUGAGGAAAAAAUUGAAACAAAUAGAACCUUUUACUUGACGUCCGGAAUUCCAGGCGUAAUUGGAGUGAUUGAUGGGAAAUGAAUAACGGAAUUAACACUUAUUUUUUAAUCGUAAACUAAAACACAGCAUAAAUGCAAUGGUGAUAUGCGAUCACAAAAUGCAGAUAAGGGCAGUAAAUGGUAGAUUUGGAGGCAAGUCGCAUGACUCCCACGUAUGGAACCUCUCAGGAGAACGUGAAAGUUUAAGGACGACCUACGAAAAUGGAAAUAGAAGCGAACGAAUUCUUGUUACAGCUUGCACGGACGGAUGGACGGACAGCACAAAUUUUAAUAAAGACUACAAAACAAUUGAAAGUGCGAAGCGAACAGGGGCACCAACGGAUGCUAUUCCAACUCCAAAAGCAUGGUACUUUGAAGAGAUGAUGUUCAUCAAAGACCAAAUGGCCAUAGCGGCAACUGAUGGUACAGAGACUGAAAGUGAAGAAUGUAGAGUAUCGGAAUCAGAAGAAGUCCCGACUUGCUCUUCAACGUCAAAAAAAAGUUAGGAGAAUAGAACUGAAGAGCUGGUGGGCUUGGCUUUAGAAUAUUUUAAAAAGCCCGAAACUGAAGCAGUCAUAAUUGUCAAAGGAUGGGCUUUGGAAUUGAACAGAUUAGCAGCAGAUCAGAAGAGAUUUGCAGAAAAAAUGAUUAAUGACACUCUGUUUGAAGCUGAGAAUGGAAGUUUGACUAAACAUGGAGUGCAUUUUCUUACUUCCAAUAAUUCAUUUGUUCAAGAAAAUCGUCAGGCGCAUUAUUCAUAUGAUGUGUUGCAACCAACGCCGUUAUCUUCAAACAGCAUAUCACCGAGUCCAACAUAUGGUCAUGAAACACAAGUAAACAUGUCGACAGUGCCUUACCAAAUUGAGCGCAUCAUCCCACCAGAAGAAGACGUCCCCAAUACUGAACUUCAAGCAGAAGCAGCUACAGUAGGCGAAUAUUUGCAACACUUUUCAUCAUUCAAGCAAUUUUUUCUUAAAUAUUUUUUUAAGUACUGAAUUAUUGAGUUGA